CGCAGAUUCGGGGCUGGGUCGGAAAAGCUGCCUCACGGGCGCACCCGCCGGCCCCUCCGCUCCCUCCCUCCCUCCCUCCCAGCACUCCCUGCCUGGCCCUCCCUUCCAGUCUCCGCUACGCCUUCCCAGAGGCAGCGGUUGCCGCAGCCUCGCCAUGUCCCAGCCGGGCCAGAAGCCCGCGGCCUCCCCGAGACCCCAGCGCGCUGCGGCGGCCCGCCACACCCAGGAGCAUGCCCAUGGAAAAACCAGCAGAUCGCCUUCCAAGACAGGAGAAAAGAAAGGAUCGGAUGAGAAAAAAACAACAAGCCUCGGGGACAGUCAGCCCUCCAGAACCCAUGCUGGUGAAACAGCCCUGGCCACCAAGGUAUCAACUUCCUCUGCUUCAACCAGCAAGUCUUCCAGUAUGAAUCCCACAGAAACCAAGGCCAUGCCAGUCAGCAAACAGCUGGAAGGACAGCAGUCUCCUAAAAAGAAAAGGCACAGAAAACAGGCUGUAAAAACAGAACUUGAGAAGAAGUCACAAUCAACUAAGCCAUCUGCGGUUCAUGAGAAAAAAGCCGAAGAAGUAAAGCCAAAGGAACACACAGAGCCAAAAAGCCUACCUAAGCACUCAUCAGAGGCAGGAAGCAAGAAGCAUGCUCAUAAGGAAAAAGCAGUUUCCAGAUCAAGCGAGCAGCCCACAUCAGAGAAAUCAACAAAACCACAGACUAAAUCACAGGACACAGUUUCCGAUGGUGGAAAGAGUGCAGUUUCUGGUGUAGCUGCAGCAUCUGGCAAACCAGCUGACAAGAGUAAAGAAAAUAAAUCAUUAACGUCAGCUGUACCAGUUGAAUCCAAACCAAGUAAACCGCCUGGAAAGUCAGGCAUGGAUACUGCUUUGGAUGACUUAAUAGACACUUUAGGAGAACCUGAAAGAACUGAAGAAGAUAAUACAAUGUAUACUGGACCUGAAGUUUUGGAUCCAAUGAGUUCUACCUACAUAGAAGAAUUGGGUAAAAGAGAAGUCACACUUCCUCCAAAAUAUAGGGAACUUCUGAAUAAAAAAGGGAUCACAGGGCCUCCUCCAGACUCUUCGAAACCCCUGGGGCCUGACGAUGCCAUAGACGCCUUGUCAUCUGACUUCACCUGCAGCUCUCCUGCCGAGGAUGGAAAGAAAACUGAGAAGGAGAAAUCUGCAGGAGAGGUUUUAAAAGCUCAGUCAGCGGGGAUAAUCCAAAGUGCUGCUCCACCCCAUGAGAAAAAGAGAAAGGUGGAGGAGGACACGCUGAGUGAUCAAGCACUGGAAGCUCUGUCAGCUUCGCUGGGCACCCGGAAACCGGAACCUGAGCUGGACCUCAGCUCCAUUAAGGAAGUGGGCGAGGCAAAAGCCAAAGAAGAGAAACUAAAGAAGUGUGGUGAAGAUGACGAAACAGUUCCUUCGGAGUAUAGAUUAAAACCAGCCACGGAUAAAGAUGGAAAACCACUCCUUCCAGAGCCUGAAGAAAAACCCAAGCUCCUGAGUGAAUCAGAACUCAUUGAUGAGCUUUCAGAAGGUUUUGACCCAUCUAAGUGUAAAGAAAAACAACCUAAGCCAACUGAAAAAACAGAAGAACCUCAGGCUGCGGCCCCUGCUCCUGUGGGAGAGGCUGUGCCUCGGACCUCCCUGUGCAGUGUGCAGUCAGCACCACCCAAGCCAGCUGCCUCGAAGGGCAUGGUGCCAGAGGACGCAGUGGAAGCCUUGGCUGGCAGCCUGGGGAAAAAAGCAGCAGAGCCAGAAGAUGGAAAGCCUGUGGAGGAUAAAUUCAAGGAGAAAGCCAAAGAAGAGGAUCGUGAAAAACUUGGUGAAAAGGAAGAAACCAUUCCCCCUGAUUACAGAUUAGAAGAGGCCAAGGAUAAAGAUGGAAAACCACUCCUGCCGAAAGAGCCCAAGGAACUGCUUCCACCCUUGAGUGAAGACUUUCUCCUUGAUGCUUUGUCUAAGGACUUCGCCGGUCCCCCAGACACUUCAUCUCUUCAGUUUGAAGAUGCUAAACUUUCAGCUGCCGUCUCUGAAGUAGUUUCCCAAACCCCAGCUCCAACCACCCAGGCUGCAGGUCCACCCCCUGACACUCAGCAGAGUGACAACAAAGAACUUGACGAUGCCCUGGAUCAACUUUCUGACAGUCUCGGGCAGAGACAGCCGGAUCCAGAUGAGAACAAACCAAUAGAGGAUAAAGUCAAGGAGAAAGCUAAAGCUGAACAUAGAGACAAGCUGGGAGAAAGAGAUGACACUAUCCCACCUGAAUACAGACAUCUCUUGGAGAAGGAUGAUGAGGACAAAUCAGCGAAACCACCUACUAAGAAGCCCGAGGCAUCAAAGAAACCUGCAGAAGCCCAAGACCCCAUUGAUGCCCUCUCAGGGGAUUUUGACAGCUGUUCCUCAACUACAGAAACCUCCCAGGACACAGCAAAGGACAAAAACAAGAAGACGGCUUCCCGCUCCAAAACACCCAAGAAUGGGGGUAAAGCAAAGGACUCUGCAAAGGCAAAGGAGGAAACUUCCAAGCCAAAAUCUGAUGGAAAAAAUGCAAAUUAAAGUUCACACUAUUUGGUAUCUGCAUAAAAAAUCUUCAGCUGGUAGAUGGUGACUUUUGAAGAACAAAAGGCUUUGACAACAGAAAAUUUUUCUAGGUGGCUUCUAGACAGUGGCCUUUGCUGAGUCUUUUGACAUCCUAAACACUGUUCAUUAUUCUUUUCUUGGAAAGAAACUGAAUUUGUCUGGUUCACCUGUGUUACUGUUCUGAGUAUUGAUAAACUUUGCAUUUUUUAAAAUUGCCUUCAGUUGGGAAAGAAAGGAACUUUAUAUUUCUAAGAGAUAAAUUUGAUAGUUUCUUAAAGCAACACACACCAAAGGAAAAAUCUUUGCAAACUUUUGCACAUUCUACACACAGUGCCUGUAAAUCUCAUUAGUAUUUUCAGUUCGCACUUUGUUGUUGUUAUUGUUGUUAGCAUUUGGAAAACAAUGCUUUACAUGUUCUUCAAUGUUCUGAGUUCUCAUUACCCCUUUCCUCUUGGGCUUUUGAACUAUAUAGAUGUUUCUUUGGGUUAGUGUUUAUGAGUCAAACAUAAAAUAUUGUACAUGGGGCACAUAUCUCCUCUUGAGCUGCUAAAAACAGAUAACCUGGACAGACAAGGAAGCACCCCAACCCUUUUCAGGCUGAACUCUUCUUUGCCAGAGGUUAAGGCUUCAGCACCUUCCCAGCUAGCACAGACCUACUGAGACUUGACUCAAGACAGAGGAGCAAAAUGCAGACUCUGUGUCACCACGUAGCAAGUUCCAAGAAUAACAACAUCUAAUUUUUAGAAUACAUAUAUGAGGCUUGAAUGCUGCUAGUUGAUUCCAUUAAGCUGUGUUUUCCAUCCUCUCUCUCUAAAACCUGAGCAGCAGUUUUCUUAGAGCCAUUGCCACAUUAGUCUUUGCACUGUACAGCAUCUAGCUUAAUGGGAGUUGGCUUUACCAAGUACAAGAACAGACUUACGCUUUAAAAAAAAACCCAAGUUUAAAAAUCUGCUUCCCACCCCACCCUACAGCAAUUUAAGAACUAGGUUUUGAUAUCCUACAACUUUGAAUGGUUUCUCAUCUUUCUCAAUGGUUUAUGAACAUAGCACUGAUAUCAUUGAUGAAAUUAACUAUUGAUCAAAAUCCCAUCUUUAUUUCCUGAUAGUGAAUGCAGGAAAAGUUACCGGGUACACAUUAUAAAAUUGAUUUGGAAUUUCUUGUUUCAGAGAGCAAAGCCUUCCUUAGCAUCUGUUUAAAGUUUUUAUUUAUUAGGACUUAGCUGACUUCACUAAAAAUAAGUAAUAUCACCAAUACUGUCUAAGGGGGAUGGCAAACAAAAAUAACACUGCUUAUAAUGGGCAUCAAAUUUCACUACUCUCUAAAAAUUCUCUUUAAAAAUCAUGCAUAUACCUAUGGGAUUUCAAACUUCAUCCAUGUCAAAUGCUAUGUCUCCGUCCCAUCAAAGAUGCAGGCAUUAUUAUUACAGAUCUGGGAAAUAUAAGGCAGCGUUAUAGUGAGUCAAUAGACCUUUUCAAGGCACUAACAAGAAAAUAAACACACUCCCUGAGGGA